GCGGCGCGCGCGUGCGGCCCUACGGAAGCCGCGCGGGCGCGCUCGUGUCCCGCUGGCGGCUGAGGCGGCGGCCCCGGCCUGAGGGGCUGGGGGGGUCCCGGGGGCCCGGACGGAGCGGGAUGGCGGCACCGUGAGGAGCUCGCGCUCUCUGCACGAACUGGAUGCCCACGGGCGGCAGGGCGCUGUCACACGCUGCCCGCGCUCUCGGCAGGGGCACUGCGCUGUCCUGCCCUCGCCCGCAGCUCCCCGUGCCCAGAGCGCUGUCCUGCUCUGCCGGACUCAGCCCCGCUUGCUGGUGCCAGCUGCUGCUCCAGCCUGUCUCCCUGCCGUCCCCAAAGCAGCGCCGUGCUGCCGGCCCUUUUCCUCUCUCCCUGCUUUUGGGCAGCUGGCUGCGCUCGGCCUGCACGGCUGCAGAGGACAUGGCAGAGCAGCGCUACUGUGUGGACUAUGCCAAGCGAGGCACCGCGGGCUGCAAGAAGUGCAAGGAGAAGAUCGUGAAGGGGAUGGUGCGCAUUGGGAAGAUCGUUCCCAAUCCUUUCACCGAGUCCGGAGGGGACAUGAAGGAGUGGUACCAUGUCAAGUGCAUCUUUGAGAAGCUGGACAAGGCCCGGGCCACCACCAAGAAAAUCGAAGACAUCACAGACUUGGAGGGGUGGGAAGAGCUGCAGGAUGAGGACAAAGAAAUAAUCAACAAGCACAUCUCAGAAGCCAAUGCCAAGACUGGAGGUACCCCGAAGAAAAAGGUGAUAGUGCAGGCAAAACUCACUGCCACAGGACAGCUGACCACAAAAGAUCCACCAAAGAAAUUCUCUGGAUUCAUUGCCAAGCCAAAGAAUUCAGAAGAUGCCCCUGCAAACUCAGUCCAGCAGCCCAGCCUGUCUGCAGCCAGGUGUGACCCCAAACACAAGGACUGCCUGCUGCGCGAAUUCCGCAAGCUCUGUGCCAUGGUGGCUGAGAAACCCAGCUACAAUGUGAAAACUCAGAUCAUCCAGGACUUCCUCAGGAAGGGAUCUGCAGGAGAUGGUUUUCAUGGUGAUGUAUACCUGACCAUUAAGAUGCUGUUACCAGGUGUCAUUAAAAUAGUUUACAACUUGAAUGAUAAGCAGAUUGUAAAGCUGUUCAGCAGAAUUUUUAACUGCAACCAGGAAGAAAUGGUCCGGGACCUGGAGCAGGGAGAUGUUUCCGAGACCGUACGGAUCUUCUUCGAGCACAGCAAGACGUGUCCUCCAGCAGCCAAGAGCGUGCUGACCCUCCAGGAGGUGGAUGAAUUCCUCAUCCAGCUCUCCAAGCUCACCAAGGAGGAUGACCAGCAGAGUGUCCUGCAGCAGAUCAGUCGCAGGUGUACAGGCAAUGACCUGAAGUGUAUCAUCAGGCUAAUUAAGCAUGACUUGAAAAUGAAUGCUGGAGCAAAGCACGUGCUGGAUGCUCUGGAUCCCAAUGCCUACGAGGCCUUCAAGGCCUCCAGGAACCUGCAGGACGUGGUGGAGCGAGUGCUGCAGAACCAGCAGGAGUCUGAGAAGGUGCCAGGGCUGAAGAAGACCCUGAGUGUGCAGGCCUCACUCAUGACCCCAGUGCAGCCCAUGCUGGCUGAGGCCUGCAAGUCCAUCGAGUACGCCAUGAAGAAGUGUCCCAACGGGAUGUACGCCGAGAUCAAGUACGACGGCGAGCGCGUGCAGGUGCACAAGAACGGGGAUCACUUCAGCUACUUCAGCAGGAGCCUCAAACCUGUGCUCCCCCACAAAGUAGCCCAUUUUAAGGAUUUCAUCCCCCAGGCUUUCCCUGGUGGGCAGAGUAUGAUCCUGGAUUCAGAAGUUCUCCUGAUUGAUAAUAAAACUGGCAAGCCACUUCCUUUUGGGACUCUUGGUGUGCACAAGAAAGCUGCUUUCCAGGAUGCCAAUGUUUGCCUGUUUGUGUUUGACUGCAUCUACUUCAACAAUGUCAGCCUGAUGGACAGGCCCCUGUGUGAACGGCGCAAGUUCCUCCACGACAACAUGGUGGAGAUCCCCAACAGGAUCCUGUUCUCAGAGAUGAAACAUGUCACAAAAGCUUCAGAUCUGGCAGACAUGAUCACCCGAGUCAUCCGGGAGGGGCUGGAAGGGCUGGUGCUGAAAGAUUUAAAGGGGAAUUACGAACCAGGGAAGCGCCACUGGCUGAAGGUGAAGAAGGAUUAUCUCAACGAGGGGGCAAUGGCUGACACAGCUGACCUGGUGGUUCUGGGGGCUUUCUAUGGACAGGGCAGUAAAGGUGGGAUGAUGUCCAUCUUCCUCAUGGGCUGCUACGACCCCAAGAGUGAGAAGUGGUGCACGGUGACCAAGUGCUCUGGUGGCCACGACGACGCCACCCUGGCACGUCUGCAGACAGAGCUGGACAUGGUGAAGAUCAGCAAGGAUCCUAGUAAAAUUCCAAGGUGGCUAAAAAUUAACAAAAUCUACUACCCAGACUUCAUUGUCCCAGAUCCAAAGAAAGCCCCAGUGUGGGAGAUCACCGGGGCCGAGUUCUCGCGGGCCGAGGCGCACACGGCCGACGGCAUCUCCAUCCGCUUCCCGCGCUGCACCCGCAUCCGCCACGACAAGGACUGGCAGAGUGCCACCAACCUGCAGCAGCUCAAGGAGCUGUACCAGCUCUCCAAGGAGAAGGCUGAUUUCAGUGUUACAGCUGGGGAGGAAGAUGAGUCCACAGCUGGCAGCAGUGGAGAGAAUGAUGGGAAUUCCAGGUCUUCCACACCUCACAGCAGUAUUACGAGUCCCCCAAGCAAGUCACCUGCAAAAACUCAGAAGGCAGAAGAGAGCAAAGGAGUCAUUGGAUCCCCUGAGAAAUCCGAGGAGAAACGAGGGGAGAAGAGAAAAGCAUCCGAGCUGGAGGACAAUGGCAAGAAGCAGCCGCUGCUGGACAUUUUCACGGGGGUGAAGCUGUACCUGGCGCCCUCCGUGAAGGACUUUGCCCGAAUCCGCCGCUACUUCAUCGCCUUCGACGGGGACCUGGUGGAAGAGUUCGACACGGCCUCGGCCACGCACGUCAUCGGGGACAGCGGGGACAGCCCCGGCGCCGUGCGCGUCACGCCCCGCUGGAUCUGGGAGUGCAUCCGCAAGCGCCGGCUGGUGGCGCCGUGCUAGCGCCGGGCAGGGCUGCCUCGGGGCGGGAACGGGAGGGGAGGCGGGAGACGCCCCCAGGAGUAGCUACAGAGAUCCAGAGCCACCCUAGGGAGUGAAUUUCAGGAGUUCUCUGCAGAAAUGUCACUGCUGAAUCCCACACUGUAGACCACUGCCCCCAACCGGGUACUGGUUUAGUCUCCUUGGGUUUUUAAAGUUUGGGUAUUUUUAUAGAUAAAUAAAACUGAAGCAGCUUCUC